CCUCUGUUUGCCUUAACAAGUAACUUUCUGAACCGAUCGAUUUUCUUUAUUUAAAUAAUAGUGUUUAAUAUUCCAAAUAGCUUAUAAUUAUUCGUUACUUUAUUAGCUUCCGCUUUGGUGGCCUAGCAAGGGAUCCAGCUAGCUAGCGUAUCAGUUGUUUCCUGAUGGCGUUUCGUAGGUAGCGUUAAUUACCUAGUGAGCGAAUAUAGCGGUAUAAGUUAAAAUAAAUGCCAAGUGAACUGCAAAUUAGCUGGUUAACGGUUUCUGCCGUCAGCUUGCUAACAUUAGUUAUCUAGAUUCGUUUUUUAUACCACAAAUAAACAUUUGUAGUUAGGAAGCUAGCAAACUACAGCAUAUCUCUAGUUAACAAGCCAUGGGUGCCAUAUUCCUGCUGUUCAACCAACCAUAACUCCAGCUGAACGCCUUCUGUAUCGCAAGUUUAUUGGAAAAGUAUUGACCCCGGUCAUGGCUAAAGAUCCACUGGCAGAAGCUGGGCUUCAUUAUGAUGAACUCAACAAGUUACGGAUCCUUGAACCUGAUGUUGGCCAGAAGACCACAGAGCUCAAAGAAGAAUGCAAGGACUUUGUUGACAAAAUUGGCCAGUUUCAGAAGAUAGUGGGUGGACUCAUUGAAAUGGUGGAUGAAUUGGCCAAGGAAGCAGAAAAAGAGAAGAUGAAGGUAUGUACUGUAAACACAUUUAAAAUGACUCUAAAUCGUUGUGACAUGUUGUUAAUCAUUUUACAGGCCAUAGGUGCCAGAAACCUGCUGAAGUCUGUUGCAAAACAACGGGAAGCCCAGCAACAGCAACUCCAGGCUCUAAUUGCUGAGAAGAAGAUGCAGCUGGAAAGGUAUCGAAUUGAAUAUGAAGCUCUUUGCAAAGUGGAGGCAGAGCAGAAUGAAUUCAUUGACCAGUUUAUAUUGCAGAAGUGAGCACUUGUCAAGUGGAUAGAAGAUGUGUGGUUGACUCACAGCGUGUUCCUCAAAGGACUGAUUCAGACAGGUCAUUUAAUUCUUUACAUGGCAUUAACAGGUAUCCUCCCAACCUCUACCUACUCAUUUUUUCUAUUUAAACCACAAACUGCAUUCUCUGUCAAGGUCAGUUCAGGGGUUGUGUGUGUAACAUACAUGUAACAUCUUUACUUUUGUGUCAAAAAAAAAUUGAAAAUUAUUUAUAUAGAAAUGAAGAUAUUUAUACUAUUUAUAAAUAGAAAUGUAAAUUUGAUUCAGUAUCUUUUGCUACAAUACAGUAUUUGCUUCUUACUGUAAAUAAUUGCAUCCUUAAGAUGUUUUCUGUAUAUUUGUUCUUUGAUUUGAAAAUGUUUUUUUUAAAUUGUGCUCAUUCUUUAUCCUGAUAUUCUUGAUUCUGUUCAUGGGACCACAACAAAGAGGUGCAUCAGAAGUUCAGAAACCCUAAAACCAAACAGAUCCUUAAUUUAUUGUUUUACAUUAUUUAGAUCUUGCAUAUCAACCAACAUUACUUUUACAAGCAUCUUGUAAAGCUGAUAUAUAUUUGAAUAAAAAUAUUUUGCACAUGCAA